UUUAACGAAGAACCGUCGCCGUCCAUUAUUCAACCACAAAUCACCACCGAGCUUGUUAGAUCAAGGAGUUGGAUGAGUCCUGCCGCCAAUGGAGCGCGGCAAAAGUAGCUUGCAAGGAGUUGGAGUUCCUAGCUUGCAAGGAGUUGGAGUUCCUAGCGGAGUUGUAGAUCAAGGAGUGAGUCAAGGAGCAGCUGCUGGUACUGCACUCCCUCCACUUCGAAAAAGGAAACUUAAUGCUAGUGGUAGUAGAAAAACUUCUACGGUUUGGGAAGAGUUUAACAUUUUACCGGAUGAGCCUGAACCUAUAGCCGCGUGUAAACACUGUCAUAAAAGGUACCGAUGUGACCCUAAAACACAUGGUACUUCUAACAUGCUAGCUCACUCGAAAGUGUGUUACAAAAACCCUGCCCUUUUGUUGAAAGACCCCAAUCAGACAAACUUAGUGGUUGAGGGUGUUGGUUUUAAGCAAAUGUGUAAACAAUUGCAACCCCAAAUGGCUAUCCCUACUAGGAGGACCGUUGCUAGGGAUUGUUUUCAGCUUUACCUAGCUGAAAAGUCACGUCUUAAAGCCUUUUUUAAGUCUGAUUGUACUAGGGUUGCACUAACCACAGACUGUUGGACUUCGAUACAAAACCUUAGUUAUAUGGCCACCACUGCACACUUCAUUGACACUGCUUGGAAGUACCAAAAUAAAAUUAUUAGUUUCCCUUUAGUUCCAAAUCACAAAGGUGAUACCAUUGGCAUGAAAGUCGAGGACGUUUUGAGGGAAUGGGGGCUUAGGAAAGUGUCUACAAUUACCCUGGAUAACGCAACAGCAAAUGAUGUGGCUGUGAGUUAUUUGGAUAGAAGACUUAAGAGCAAGAAUGCUUUACUUGGUGUAGGUGAUUAUUUGCAUAUGAGGUGUGCUGCCCAUGUCUUGAACUUGGUAGUGAGAGAUGGUGAAAAAGAACAUGAAGGGUCUAUUGAAUCAGUUCGCACUGCUGUUAGGUUUGUAAGGUCUUCUCCACAAAGAGCUAUGAAGUUUAAGGAGUGUGUUGAACUUGCGGGCAUAACUUGUAAAAAAAAACUUUGUCUUGAUGUUUCUACAAGGUGGAAUUCCACUUACCUAAUGUUGGAUGCUGCUGAAAAGUUUGAAGCUGCAUUUGACAAUAUGAUUGAUGAGGAUCCUGGAUACAUCGAAUAUUUUGACCUCCUUACCGGUCCACCCGGUUCUCAGGAUUGGAAAAAAGUUAGGGCUUUUGUGGUUUUCUUACAAACCUUCUAUGAGGCAACCAAAGUGUUUUCAACUUCGCAAGAAGUGUCCUUGCAUUUAGCUUUUCAUAACUUGUCUUCAAUUUUGUGUGAGCUUCAAGAAGCUUCAUUUAACUUGAAUUCUUAUGUGGCUCCAAUGAUUUCACAUAUGAAGGUUAAAUAUGAUAAGUAUUGGGGGGAUGUGGGAAAAGUGAAUCAUUUUCUUUACUAUGGAGUGAUCUUUGAUCCUAGGUUUAAGUUUAACUAUAUUGAGUGGUCUUUUAAUGAUAUGUAUGGGCAUUCUAGUGACCUUGCCAAGAAAAAUAUUGAAUGUGUCAAAACUAGUUUGUUAAACUAUAUAAUUGGCAUAAAUCUGAUCAUGAUAAGAAUGUUGGGGCUAGUCCUUUAA